UGGGAAGUAUCAUGUUUGAAAAUGGGUUAAUAUAGUUGUGGCGACUCGUUCUGUUCCUCAAUUUAAAUAAAUGCAUUUACUGUCUCUUUAAAUAUUCUUGCAGUGGUUCCUUGAACAUGCCUAUGACCAUUAAAAAAAAAAAAAGGAGGGAGAGAGAGGGAAAGCUUGAAGUCAUUCCCACAAACACAAGCAGUGUGGGGGGUAGGGGGGAAGUUCCCAGGCUUUCUGAAUUAUACAGCAGCAGCGUCCUGUAGUUUACACCUGCUGGGGGAGAGGGAAGGAGGAGCUGCUGAGUUCAGACGACGGCUUUAGCUGGAGGAGCAACAACAAGUUCCCAGCAUCUGCAUUUUUUUUUCUCUUUUCAGUUUUAUUUUCCCUCCAGAGUUGGGCCUGUUUUUUUUUUUGUUUCGAGGAUGCAACUGCACGCCUUGUGUUUGCUGUGGGCUCCUUGUGUGUUUUUUCUGCAAGGCAGGUCAGUCCUGUGUAAGGACAUGAAGUUACCCGGCGGUGCAUCCAGACCGCCCUCGCCAUCUGACUUUCUGGACAAGCUGAUGGGUCGCACAUCUGGCUACGACGCUCGCAUCCGACCCAACUUCAAAGGACCUCCUGUGAACGUCACCUGCAACAUCUUCAUCAACAGCUUCGGCUCCAUCACUGAAACCACCAUGGACUACCGGCUAAACGUAUUUCUGCGCCAGCAGUGGAACGACCCUCGACUGGCAUACAGAGAGUACCCGGAUGACUCGCUGGACCUGGACCCGUCCAUGUUGGACUCCAUUUGGAAGCCCGACUUGUUCUUUGCUAAUGAAAAGGGAGCGAACUUCCAUGAUGUCACCACUGACAAUACACUGCUCCGAAUAUUCCAGAAUGGAAAUGUCCUCUACAGCAUCAGGCUGACAUUAACCCUCUCGUGCCCCAUGGAUCUAAAGAACUUCCCCAUGGACAGCCAGACGUGUAUCAUGCAGCUGGAGAGCUUUGGCUACACUAUGAAUGAUCUCAUCUUUGAAUGGCUGGACGUGGGCGCUGUGCAGGUGGCCGACGACCUGGUGCUCCCUCAGUUUGUGCUAAAAGAGGAGCAAGGCCUCGGCUAUUGUACCAAGCAUUACAACACAGGUAAAUUCACCUGCAUUGAGGUCAAAUUCUACCUGGAGCGCCAGAUGGGCUACUACUUGAUCCAGAUGUACAUCCCCAGCUUGCUCACUGUCAUCCUUUCCUGGGUGUCCUUCUGGAUUAACAUGGAUGCAGCUCCAGCCAGGGUAGGCCUGGGCAUCACCACGGUGCUCACGAUGACGACGCAGAGCUCCGGCUCCAGAGCGUCCCUGCCAAAGGUGUCCUACGUGAAAGCCAUUGACAUCUGGAUGGCGGUGUGCCUCCUCUUUGUGUUCGCCGCACUCUUGGAGUACGCAGCCGUUAAUUUUGUUUCCCGGCAGCACAAGGAGUUCUUCAGACUUAGGAAGAAGCUCAGAGAGCAAGAGCGGCAACGGACUCAGGGAAGUGGAGAGAGUAAGACGAAAGGCAACAUGUCAGGCAAUGACGCGGCUCACGGGAGCGCAGGGCAACAGUGCAGUGCCUGCGCUCGGGAGGAGGAGCUAGCACGCCAGGGUUUACUCUUCCACACUUUUGGUCUUGGACUUGCCAGUGCUCCAGAAAUGGAUGCAACUCCGGUCUUUGCCGAUCUACCUCCUGGCUUGGGCUACUAUGACAUAAGGCGGCGCUUUGUGGACCGAGCCAAGAAGAUUGACACCAUCUCUCGCGCCGUAUUCCCCAUGAGCUUCCUUAUGUUUAAUGUCCUCUACUGGCUCACGUACAAGGUCCUACGGCAUGAAGACGUCCAAUUAAAACUCUGAGCUCACAAGAAGGAUCAUAGGGACACUGGACAGUGUCACUCAAGCAUUAACAGGCCUCAGCUGACCCGUGCAAUGUGUAGUGACUGCAUGUCAGCUGCUGUUAACAUACUACACCACUAAGGUUCUUUUAAUUAAUUAUUAUUAUUAUUUAUACUUUGAAUCCUCUACUUCAAAAUAAAUGCACUUCUUGUUUGCACGCAUGAGCCAUCCUGUAUAGCACACACUGGUUAGCGCCUCGAGUACAGUCAAGUCAUUUUUGAGGAUUACUUGUCUUAACUUCACCAGCAUUUGGACAACUGCAUGCUUGUGAUUCCUAAUUCUCAGGCUGUGGGGUCAUUUUCACAUUCCACCGACCACUUUGCAGUGCAGCAGCACAAUCUAAUGAAUCACAAAUUCUGCUCUUAUCACACGUUUGUUAAGUUUUCUUUCAAAUUCCAAAGAUUUAUUGUAUAAUUUUUUUUGUAUUUUAUUUUCAAAUAAAACUCUCUCGGCCAUACACCUCAAAGCAUCUCACUAUAAUUUGUACUGUAUAAGUGUAUAUGUGAUAAAUUAAGAGUGAUUUAAUUUCAAUUUUACAGUAAUUUAUUUUUGCGAUUGUAGUUCACACAUCUUAACACUGCACUGCAUUAAACAAAGAGUUGUUUCUACUAUUUGAAGUACUGUAUUAUUAUUGUUAUAAAUUUAUUGGAUUAGAAACAGCCCUCAGGAAGAUUAGGUACAGCAAACAGUAUAAACUACCAGCAUAAUUGAAAAGUAAUACUUCUUUGACAGAUGUUGAUAAUAACACAGCAGGCUUUUCAACUCUGCUGAAAACAACAGAGGAUAUGUUUUAUUUAGUCAUACAGUUCGCUCAUCUCACAAUAUGUGUCUUCGCUUUUUUCCCCUAUUCCUUGCAAUGGGAGCGGCUCAUAUUGUUUUGUAAUGUAUUUCAAUAAAUGCCAUUCUGU